AUGCCAAAGAAACCUGUAAAAAAACGCACGCGUCUAACCAAUGACAUAGAUACUCGAUUAGUGUCUUACAUAAAACAAAUCAGACAGGAGGAUAAAGACAGGGAAAUUACAUCUACAACGGUGUUUGAAUAUGUUCAAAAUGCGGAUUUCAGAUUUAAACGAAUGAAAAAAUUACAACUAGAGAAAAGUAUCGAUCGAGUGAAAAUGAAGGAAUGGAUCGGCAAGUUUUCUGGAAGAAGAAUUUACAAAGAAUGUUUAAUUGUAGUAUUAAAAUCGUUAAAGAACCAAAGUAUUGAGGAACAACAUGAAAGCCCCUCGAUUCCUGGAGAUAACGUGUCAAAAAGUCAUGACUCGGAAAUCGAAUCUUCUGAAAUAACUUCUGACAACGAUGAUUCGGAGGCAAUGGAAUUUGAAGGACUAGAACCGAGCCAAUUGAUGGAAGUCAAGGACACAAAUUUCAUGAAUAACUCUAUAACAAAAGUAUGGUCACAGUAUCGCCCAUUACCAACUGAAUCGCCCAAACCAAUCAUAACAAAUUCCAGUCCAAUCAAAGCUUCAAGCAAUCCAGUUGUUGAGGUACGUGAAAACAAAGUAGAUUUUACCCUCAAGACUAAGGGAAUGACGAAAAAAGCCGGAUCCGGAAAAUCAAAAGAAGUUACGGAUGUUCAUUAUGCAACUUUGCCGACUGCGAGGUUAUCAGACCUCGGGGGAGUUGAUUCUUGUAUUGAAGAAGUCCUAGAGUUAAUCGCCAUGCCCUUGACCCAUCCAGAGAUCUAUUUGCACACAGGCGUCCAACCACCAAGAGGAAUCCUGUUGCAUGGUCCUCCUGGGUGUGGGAAAACACUUCUGGCAAACGCCAUUGCGGGGGAAUUAGGAGUACAAUUCUUAAGCAUUUCGGCGCCAUCAAUAGUAUCUGGAAUGUCCGGAGAAUCCGAAAAGAAGAUCCGAGAAAUUUUCGAUGAGGCCAAAGAGAAGGCACCUUGCCUCAUAUUUAUUGAUGAAAUAGAUGCCAUCACUCCAAAGAGAGAAACAGCUCAACGCGAGAUGGAAAGAAGAAUUGUCGCUCAGCUUCUAACGUGCAUGGAUGAUUUAUCUUGGGACAAAACCAAUAACCUACCUAUACUAAUAAUUGGGGCGACAAAUAGGCCAGACUCUUUAGAUCCGGCGCUUCGUCGCGCUGGAAGGUUCGAUAGAGAAAUCGGCAUGGGAGUUCCUGAUGAACAAGCAAGAGAAAAAAUUUUAAAAGUUAUCUCUUCAAAAUUAAAGCUUUCAGGGGACUUUGAUUACCAAAACCUUGCAAAAUUAACCCCCGGAUAUGUUGGUGCAGAUCUGAGCGCGCUGACAACAGCAGCUGGUGUUUUAGCCGUGAAACGAAUAUUCACUCAGUUGGGUGAAACACAUCAUUUUACAGAAACUGAUGGCAAUGGUUCAUCGGCCAUGAGCGUUGAUGAAAAAUCACUGAAUGCAAAUUCAUCACGGGAUUUAUUUACCUCGUUUGAAAAUCAAUCGCCAACGGAUCAAAUGCGAUCAAUAUCCAAUUUUUUGAGAAACCACCCAGACCCACUCACCGAAGAGGAGCUUGAACCUUUGAGCAUCACCAACGAAGAUUUUUUACAAUCUCUUUCGAAAAUCCAACCAUCGUCGAAACGUGAAGGAUUUGCUACCGUGCCAGAUGUUACUUGGGCGGAUGUUGGUGCAUUAAAAUUUGUAAGGGACGAAUUGAGAAUGGCAAUCGUGGAGCCGAUCAAGCAUCCCGAAUUUUUCAAAAAAGUUGGAAUUAUCGCACCGUCCGGAGUUUUGUUAUGGGGACCCCCCGGAUGCGGAAAAACACUCUUGGCCAAAGCGGUGGCUAAUGAGAGUCACACCAAUUUUAUUUCAGUCAAGGGACCGGAAUUGUUAAAUAAGUAUGUGGGUGAAAGCGAGCGUGGCGUUAGGCAAGUGUUCAUCAGAGCUAGGGCUUCUUCGCCAUGUAUUAUAUUUUUUGACGAACUUGAUGCGUUAUGUGCACGACGGGAUGACACUCAGUCUGAAGCUUCAGCACGUGUGGUCAAUACACUUCUGACCGAACUGGAUGGUUUGGAAAAUCGAAAACAGGUUUAUGUUAUAGCCGCGACUAACAGACCAGACAUAAUCGAUCCAGCAGUGAUGCGUCCCGGUCGGCUAGACAAGCUUUUGUAUGUAGAAUUGCCCACAGCAUCAGAGCGGACGGAAAUUUUAAAAACAUUGACCAAGUUGACACCCUUGGACAAUGAUGUGUCAUUAGAAAAUAUUGCUCAAGAUCCAAGGUGCACGGAUUUCAGUGGAGCGGAUUUGGCGUCUCUUGUUCGCGAAGCUGCGGUUGCAGCAUUGCGAGCUACCCUGUAUUCUGGGAAUGAAAAUCAUUCAGAGCAAAAUAACGAAAUUUACGUAAAUUCUAGUCAUUUUGAAAUAGCAUUUAAUAAGGUGGCAUCAAGUGUAUCUAAAACUGAUAAACGAAAAUAUGAUUUACUGAGGGAAAAGUUUGGAUGCGCAACGGGAAAUAAAGUUGCCGGACAUACUGAAUGA